CCAGAAAGGAAAGUCUUCAGGGAUUUUUCUGGGAGGCCCUGGCUCAAGAAGUAGGGAAAAGGUAAAUUAAAAGUAGGAAACCAAGUUAAAGGGGAAGAAUUUGAUUCUAGCAUAGUGGCAAACCUUGGAAGAAAGAAAAUCAGCCUGAUCUGAAGCCAUCAUCUUCCUCCAACCAGCUCGGGUCUUUCUUAUUUGUUUGGUCGCUUACAGUGGAGGAGAGGUUAGAUUUCAUAGAAUCAGAGAGAGCAGAGAGAGCCAAGGGAGAGUGGACUCUGGAAAUAACCAUCAAGGGAAUUGACCAAGAGAAAUCAGUGUAUGCAGACUUUCCUUAAUCAUCAUCAUAAUAGGCUCCCCUGUGAUUUUCCUAGAAUCAGUCUUAGAAUCAACAAAAAUUUUGAAACAACAACAACAAUAACAACUUCAUGGAAGAAGUCAAUUGCUAAAACGCUGGGACCAAGUUAUAGGAUUGUCCAUGCUAAUUCACCCAAGCCAAAACAAAGACGGAAAUCACUAUGUCCCAGUUGGUAAUCCUUGGCCAAUUCCCUUUUCUUGCUCAGAAUACCUUGCUCAUCAAUCCUACCUAAAGUAUUCAAGGGCAUAGAGGCCUUGGUACCAUUUCUUGGUCUUUUUUCUAAUCAGAGUAAAGGCAGAGUCACCACUAUACUCAGUUGUCUCAAAGUGGGUGCGACCUAAAAAGAGAGACAAGGAAAAUUAAAAGCUUGGUGGUGGUGCUAUUUGUUUUAUGUUUUUAACUGGCGAGGAGGGAGAAAGUGAGGGUUCUUGGUAAGGACAAAGGAAAGCUGAAGAAAAGGAGGGGAGCAGGAAGGUCCACAAGAAGAUAAAGAGGAAGAGUGGACAAUGGCCUUUCUGAAGGAAUUAUUUAAAGCAAAGAAUUUGCUGCUGGUCAUCUUUAUACCACUUCUGCUGUUGCCUCUACCCAUUCUACACCCCAACAGCGAGGCUGCGUGUGCCUAUGUCCUGAUCGUUACAGCUGUAUACUGGGUGUCAGAAGCAGUCCCCCUCGGAGCUGCAGCCCUCGUGCCUGCCUUCCUCUACCCCCUUUUGGGAGUCCUUCGAUCCAGUGAGGUGGCUGCGGAAUACUUCAAGAACACCACCCUGCUGUUGGUGGGAGUCAUCUGUGUGGCAGCGGCAGUGGAGAAAUGGAACCUGCACAAACGGAUUGCCCUGCGAAUGGUCAUGAUGGCAGGAGCCAAGCCUGGAAUGUUGCUGCUGUGCUUCAUGUGCUGUACCACCCUUCUGUCCAUGUGGCUCUCCAACACUUCCACCACGGCCAUGGUGAUGCCGAUCGUGGAGGCCGUGCUGCAGGAGUUGGUCAGUGCUGAAGAAGAGCAGGUCAUGGCGGCCCCUGGCAACUCCAGCAGUGAAGAAACUGAGCCAAUCAGUAUUCGUGAAAAAAAUGGACCCCCUUCUCUGGAGCUCAUUUUUGUCAAUGAAGACUCAUCAACUCCAGAUUUCCCUUCUCUGAUGCAGAGAAAGAACCUGAAUGGCGUACCCAUGAUCACCAACUCUAUCCAGUCUAUGAAACCUCAGAGCAAGAGGCAGUGCUCGCCUCAGGAACAGCUAUUAGUCCUGCCCCCUGGGAACCUGGAGCUGAGUGGCAAGUACAGGUCCCAGCAUGAUCACAUGGUCUGCAAGUGCCUCUCUCUGAGCAUCUCUUACGCCGCCACCAUUGGGGGCCUGACCACCAUCAUCGGCACAUCCACCAGCCUCAUCUUCCUGGAACACUUCAACAACCAAUAUCCAAAUGCUGAGGUGGUGAACUUUGGGACCUGGUUCCUUUUUAGCUUUCCCAUCUCCCUCAUCAUGCUGGUGGUGAGCUGGUUUUGGAUGCACUGGCUGUUCUUGGGUUGCAAUUUUAAAGAGACUUGCUCCCUGAGUAAAAAGAAGAAGACAAAAAGAGAAGAGUUGUCAGAAAGGAGGAUUCAAGCAGAAUAUGAGAAACUGGGAGACAUUAGCUACCCCGAAAUGGUGACUGGAUUCUUCUUCAUCCUGAUGACUCUGCUGUGGUUUACCCGGGAGCCUGGUUUUGUCCCUGGCUGGGAUUCAUUCUUUGAGAAGAAAGGCUACCGUACAGAUGCUACUGUCUCUGUCUUCCUUGGUUUCCUCCUCUUCCUAAUCCCAGCUAAGAAACCCUGUUUUGGAAAAAAAGAUAAAGAUUCAGGAGAAAGCAGAGAAGAUUCAAUGGAAAUGGAACCCAUCAUUACAUGGAAGGACUUUCAGAAGACUAUGCCCUGGGAGAUUGUCAUUCUGGUGGGAGGAGGUUAUGCUCUAGCAUCUGGAAGCAAGUCCUCCGGGCUGUCCACAUGGAUUGGGCACCAGAUGUUAUCCCUGAGUAGCUUCCCACCGUGGGCAGUCACCCUACUGGCGUGCAUCUUGGUGUCCGUAGUCACUGAAUUUGUUAGCAACCCUGCCACCAUCACCAUCUUCCUGCCGAUCCUCUGCAGUUUGUCUGAAACCCUCCAUAUUAACCCACUCUACACCCUGAUCCCUGUGACCAUGUGCAUCUCCUUUGCCGUUAUGCUGCCAGUGGGUAAUCCCCCGAAUGCUAUUGUCUUCAGCUAUGGCCACUGCCAGAUCAAAGAUAUGGUGAAAGCUGGCUUAGGUGUCAACAUCAUUGGAUUGGUGGUUGUCAUGGUGGCUAUCAACACUUGGGGAAUUAACCUCUUCCAUUUGGAUACCUUUCCAGUCUGGGCUAAGGUCAGUAACACCACCCAUCAGGCCUAGCACCUGCCGACAGACUCAGCGGACCAAAGACAAGGAGUGCAGGGAAGAGUCCAAACAGCAAGUUAAGGAGACCGGCGUGUGCAACAACCCUGGAGCCAAACAACCUGAAGGCCUCCUCUCUGUGAAGGCCAGUCACGACGGGAAAAUGCAGCAACUGGAAGAACAGACAUUGUGAUUUUCCAUUGGCUUCUUUCCUGUCUGUCAUACAGGAGUCACUAAGAAAGGACUUCUGAAUUUUUCUCAUUCCUUUCUAUUCAUUGGCUUUAGAUAUUUUUCUUAAAACAGAGAUGUGGUUUUAUGUAGGACCUUGUAGAAGAAAAGAAUUUCUCACUUUUCAAAGCCAGCACAUCUAAGGAAAAGGGCCUAGUCUUUCCAGUGCAAAUCCUGCCCUGUGUUUUAAAAGCAGCCUCUUGGUGCAUCCCAGAUGCUGAGCUCUUGGCCUGCAAGGGCUGACUUAGCCCUUGACUUGCAGCACAUGUAGCAUUGCAUGUCACCUUGGAUGGGGGGGAGGAGUUAGGGAAUCAAAUUACCAGAUAGAUAAGUACUGAAGAUAAAACAAUGCUGACCAAUCCAGGUGCUUCUCCUAGAUCCUAAAAGGCAACUUUAGACUCAUUCCAAAUGUUCCAUUGUCCUAACUCCGGCCAAGCAGAACCUCCCCACCUCUGGAUCACCUUUGUUAUCCAUAGCAUUUCUCUGUAGGAAUAGCAUUAAGAGGAAAAAAAAGAAUGCUUUCCUUUUCAGAUAGGCCUAUACGAUAUUCUUUCUCAAUAGAAGUGCUCAGAAUUAAUAAGAUUUAGAGGUGGGAAGGGUUUAGUCUGGCUUUCUUAUUUUACAGAUAAGGAAAUUAAAAACUGAGGCCCAGAGAAAGAAACUCUCCUAAAGUUACACAAGCAAAACUAACAGAAUUUGAAAAUAGGGCUUCUGAGUCUAAAUCCAGCAUUUCCACUAUGCCAAAAUGGAAAAGAGAAAAAAGACAAGGAGAAAAAAGCAAGGAGUUUGGCACCACCCUCUCUCUGUUGUCUCUAGCUUCAUUACCACAAAUAUCUUCUCAAUGACUACAGAAGGAAAACUUUUUAUUAUUAUUUUAUCAGAAGGAUAAAAACUAUACAUAAGCCAGUAAAGCUUCCAAAUUCAUUGUUUUACUCAAACCUCCCCUAGAGCUAGAAGGGACCACAGGAAACUAUGAAGUUUUUGUCAUUUCCCUAGGACUUCUUAAAACUUUUUCCACUUGUGACCUUUUCACCCAAGAAAUCUUAUAUAUCAGUAUAUAAAAUAGGUCUUUACUGAUCAACUUUACUGAUCAAACUUUACUGAUAUUAAAUCAUAAUUUCACAACCCCCAUGUUCAAUUAAUUACAUGACUCCAUGUGGGGUCACAGUUUAAGUAGCCUUAGAAUAGACUGAGGAAUUAUUGUCAUCACUAGCAGACUAGAAGGCCUUAUGGGACAAAAAUGAUCUUUUUUAUUUUCCCUAGUAAUUUAGCACAUUACCCUGUGCUCAAUAAGCAUCCAGUAAAUGUUUGUAGCUAAUGAAUACAAGCUUUUCUUCAUCUCAAUGAGAACUAGCCUACUUCUUCCAUCAUGUUCUACAAGGAUUAAAUGAAUGCUCAUUAUUUCAAUAGUUCACCAGCAUCAUAUAUUUCUGAUCACUGAUGUCAAUUAUUUAUGUCUUUGAAAUAAUCUCUUGUAGUCAUCUGCAUCUAUUUUAAUUAGCUUUAAAUUCCUUGUUAGCAUGUUUGACCCUUCCCACAUGAACACAAAUAAAAUCAAUUAUUUAGCUUC